AUGUGUAUUCUUGCCAUUCUCUUCAUUUCUCUGUGCAUCAUAUUGUCUAACUUCGGUGUCAAUACUGAGGCAAAAACAUUCUCAUUCAAAGAAACAACUAUUGAUGAUAUUCAUAUAGCUUUCAAGCAAAACAGACUGACUUCUAGACAACUUGUUGAGUUCUAUCUAAGUGAAAUUUAGAGAGCUAAUCCAAUUCUAAAAGGAAUCAUAGAAGUGAAUCCAGAUGCACUCUUUCUUGCAGAUAAAGCUGAUAAAGAACAAAAAGAGAAAACGCGCAAAUCAGUAUCUCUUUCCAGGCUACAUGGUAUCCCAAUUCUUGUCAAGGACAACAUUGCAACAAAAGAUAAGCUUAACACAACAGCAGGAUCAUUAGCACUUGUUGGAUCCAUUGUGCCACAAGAUGCUGGUGUGGUCAAGAAGUUGAGGAAAGCUGGUGCUAUUAUACUUGGCAAGGCAACUAUGACUGAAUGGGCUGCUUUCAGAUCUUGGAACUUGCCUAGUGGUUGGAAUGGUAGACUUGGCCAAGCUCUGGAUCCUUAUGUAGCAAGUGCUGAUCCAUCAGGAUCAAGCACUGGUUCUGCAGCAUCAGUAGCAGCAAACAUGGCAGCAAUAGCACUAGGGACAGAAACAGCAGGCUCCAUUCUAUCUCCAUCUAGUGCUAAUUCAGUUGUUGGAAUCAAACCAACUGUUGGCCUCACAAGCAGGGCAGGUGUUAUCCCAAUAUCACAUAAGCAAGACACUGUCGGGUGCCCAAUCUGCAGGACAGUAGCUGAUGCUGUCGAGGUUCUUGUUGCCAUCGUUGGCUUCGAUCAAGAUGACUUGCCAGCAACUAAAAAGGCUUCUACUUACAUUCCACAUGGCGGGUACAGGCAAUUUCUUAAGGCUGAUGGGCUCCAAAACAAAAGACUGGGAAUUUCAAAGCACCUUUUUGGUUCCAAAGAUAUCAAAGUUUACCAACACCAUUUUAACACCUUAAGGCAAAAAGGAGCAGUGUUAGUUGACAACCUGGAAGUAUCUAAUGUCGACUUGGUCGAAGAUGCUAUUUCUGUUGCUCAAGACAUAGCACUUCUUGCUGAAUUCAAGAUGGACCUAAAUGCAUAUCUGAAAAAGUUAGUCCACACUCGAGUCCGAUCAUUGGCUGAUGUUAUAGCCUUCAACAAGAUUUCAGCUUCGGAAAAAGUCAAAGAAUAUGGUCAAGACUUAAUGUUGGAAGCUGAGCAGACGAAUGGAAUUGGGAAACUGGAAAGGGAGGCACUGAGGAACAUGACAAAAGCAUGCAAAUACGGGUUCGAGAAGAUGAUGAAAGAUAAUAAGUUAGACGCAUUGAUGUCACCUGGUGCGGACAUUGCUAGUCUUAUUGUGAUCGGAGGUUAUCCAGGGAUCAAUGUACCCGCUGGUUACGAUAAAAGUAGAGUUCCGCUCGGGAUUUCCUUCGAAGGACUAAUGGGUUCUGAGCCAACACUCAUUGAGAUUGCAUAUGGCUUUGAACAAGCAACUCGUAUCAGGAAGCCCCCUCCUUCACAUCCUGGUGUCCAUACUGAGGCAAAAACAUUCUCAUUCAAAGAAACAACUAUUGAUGAUAUUCAUAUAGCUUUCAAGCAAGACAGACUGACCUCAAGACAACUUGUUGAGUUCUAUCUAAGUGAAAUCCAGAGAGCUUAUCCAAUUCUGAAAGCAAUCAUAGAAGCUACAUGGUGUCCCAGUUCUUGUCAAGGAGACAAGGACAACAUUGCAACAAAGGAUAAGCUUAACACAACGGCAGGAUCAUUAGCUCUUGUUGGAUCCAUUGUGCCACAAGAUGCUGGUGUGAUCAAGAAGUUGAGAAAAGCUGGUGCCAUCAUACUUGGCAAGGCAACUAUGAUUGAGUGGGCUGCUUUCAGGUCUGAUAAGUUGCCUAAUGGUUGGAAUGGAAGACUAGGCCAAGCUCUGAAUCCUUAUGUAGCAAGUGCUGAUCCAUCAGGAUCAAGCACUGGUUCUGCAACAUCAGUAGCAGCAAACAUGGCAGCAAUAGCACUAGGGACGGAAACUACAGUCUCUAUUCUAUCUGUUAGUGUGGAAACGAUAAAAAUACAGUAA